AUGGAGCACCUCAGUCCGCAAGGCACGCGCCUGGUGGCCAUGCAGGCCCUCGACGAGAGCAGCAAACAUACGUGGAUGCGAAUAUUGGCGAGCAGCACGCAGGUCCAAGCUCCGUUGCUCCCGGCGGGGUCCAUCCAGCGAAGUGCAGCCGGGGGAGAAGCACAGGACGCAGCUUCAGAGUCCCGAGCCCAAGCCGGUGGCAAGGGGACAGGGACCGCAUCGUCCUCAAGUGGAAAAGGCUCUGGCAAGGGCCCUCCGGUUCCGGUUCCAAGCAAAGGCAAAGGAGCUGCUAAAGGCCCUGGGAAAGGUCCUUCGGUGCCUCCACUUCCUCUCGGAAAGGGCAAGGGCAAGGGCCCCAAGGCAAAGGCUCAGCCGAAGGCCUCAGCAAAAUCGCUGCCCUUCGGAAAGCGACUGAACAUGCGAGACUCCGGAGCGCUUCCACAGACGGCUCGAGGCGAACAGCCCAGCAUCUUCCAAGGACUCUUUGCCAAAAGAGCAGGACAAGCGCAGGAGGACAUCGACACUUUGCGCUCCUUAUUCUCAGAGACGAAGGCCUCUCCUGGUAGUGCUGCGAGUUCGGGCCCGGUGUCCCUAGUGCCAAGCGCCACCCCGCGCAAAAUCUUCCCGGAUGCCGUGGCCCGGAACUGCCAAAUCGUCUUGCGUGGCCUGGCAUUGCGGGGCCCAGAGCUCGUCGAAGCUGUGAAACUCUUAGAGCCCGGGCCUUUGGACCAGGACCAGCUCGAGCGGUUGGCCCAGAUGAUGCCCGAGCCGUCCUUGAUGUCGCAACUGGACAGGGAGGCAAAGGGACCGUGCCCCUCCCCUUUGCGGGACGUGGAGCAGCAAAUGGUGCCGUUCAGCCAGCUUGGACGCCUCCAACAGCGGUUGAAAGCCUUGAUUUUGGCUGCAAACCUGCAGCCUCAAGAGCUUCGGCUUAUGGCACAGAUGCAGGCCGUGAGAGAGGCGUGCACCCAGAUGCGUGAGUCAAGCAGCCUUAAGCACGUCCUAGCCACCGUUCUCGUGAUGUACAAUUAUGUGAACUUUGGCCAAGUGGAGCGUGCAGAAGCACGUGCCUUUGACAUCGCCAAUCUCCUUCACUUGAAUGAGUUUCGAGCUGAUCGCAGCGCCCCAUUUCCAAAGUUUACAGCGCUGCACUACGUUGCCAUGAGGCUUCUGGCCGACGAAUCUGAUGAGUCCAGUGGUUUCCAUGCCAAGUCGAUCCGCACCUUGCAGGCUGAGCUGCACAGAGUGUCGGAGGCAGCAGGCAUUUGCCUGAAAUACGUUUCAACUUCGAUCGAGCAGCUGACUGAAGACAUCCGGAAGCUGCGAGAAGAGCAACGAGCCAAUGCCACGGUCUACGGCGGCACCGCCGAUGUGGAGGAGCCCGCUCCAGCUCCAGCUCCUCCGCCUGUUCCCACCCCACCAGUGGCUCGUCGUUUGACCGAGCUCAGCGAGGUCUCCGAGUGCGAAGAGAUGACACCCCGAGUGGACCUCAUCCCCCAGCAGACGCCUCGAUGCGGUGCCAGAGCGGCUGCCUGGCUGCGCCAGGCCGUGGGCCAGCUCGGGCCUGCAGAGCUCUCGGACAUGGCGAGAGGAGCGGCGCAGCAAUGCCCGAGCUCAACCUGGCUCAUGAUGCAGGACGGCGGGACCGGCGGGACCCGAAGCCGCAAGGUCUUCGUCACAGUGUCCGAGCUCGGCGUCAUGUGCUACAGCGAGAGCAUGGCGAACCCUGAGACAGUGCGGUGCUUGCCACUCAUCGGGGCCGAGAUCAGCCCGACGCAGUCACCAACUGGCUUUGAGAUCACUUGCCUAGCAAAGCCUGGCUGUACGACCAAGCUGAGUUACAGGUUCCAAGCGCCGGAUCUGCAAGCAUCCUUCCUCUGGCAGAAUGCGCUCCAGGCGGCUUCGAUGCGUGCAGGUGCUGGUUGGCUGGAGGUGUGCAGUGCCUUCACUUGGAAGUGUCGCUGGGUGGUCAUCUUGACCAUACCCUCGACCACAAGCCGUGGAGCUUCAAGGAUGUCAGAUGGUAGCCGCUGCUCUGCGUCUUUGCGGGCUGGGUCUCGCUGGCUGUUAUGGUUCCGCAGUCCGGAAGAGAUGCUGGCUGGAGAUGUCUGUGGCAGUGUUGAGCUGGGUAGCACAGAGGUAUUCAAUCGAAACCCGCGCGCUCACAGCUUCAGGGUGGGUUACAUUCAGCACAGAAGCGGGGGAGAAGCUUUAUCCAAUCUCUCGCUCAGGGCUCGCGAUGAAGCGGAAAUGGACAGAUGGGUGGAGUUUAUACGCUCUCCGCAGCCUUCGCAGCCCCCGCAGCCACCGCAGCCCGCCCCUGUCAUGGACACCGGCCGCUGGUCUCAGGAAUCGAUCUCGCACAGGAGCUCGGAGUGUUCCAUAUCCUCGCCAGGCAGUGGAGGCUCAAGGGUCUUCGUUCCACGUUUGAACCUGGGGGCGUGCUCGCGUCUCGAGAGCGCACGGAGCAGUCAGAGCAAAGACUCCAGAGCUUCCCUAACAACCGCGAGCACUACGCAUUCCUCGCCGUCACCGCAAAAGGAUCUGAGAAGAGCCAAGAAGAAGGACCGAGACCGGGACACUCUGUGGACCGAGAUCCAUCGCGACAUUAUCACACCAAGACCCGGAUUGGCGACAGCCCCGCGCAUCGUGGAGAGGCAGACCUGUGAUUCGAGCUCCGAGGACUCGGACUCGGACUCCGAAAGCACGCAGACGAUAUCGGAGCCGGAAGCUGCGGCGCCUUCCCCCGGCCCUGACCGAGCAACCUGUGCGGGGUCAAGCACGGGCUUGCUGACGGCCCGGCUGCGGCACCUCAAUGCCGACGUCUCUUCAGUCUCCACAUACGCGAGGAUGACAGCCUUGGCAGAUGAGGCAGAGGGCACUGUGGAGCGCUUGACAAACAGUUUGAAUGAAACGAUGGAGGAGGGUAAGCGACUCCUGCUUUUCUUGGGGCAGAAGCCGCCGCAGAAUGCCAGCCAGGAGGCAUCGCCAGUGGAACUGGGGGUUAGUGUCCGUUCUGUUUUCGACACUGUGAACAAGUUCAUGCACCUUCUGAAAGGUGCUGUGGGAGACGUAGAGAGGUUCCAAAGCCGCAGCAAUGGACGCGGCAGUCCAGCAAAGUCCGCACCAUCCAGCAAUUAUGGUUUCUACAGACGCCGAAGAAGCUCUGCCUGCCCUCGCGUGACCGAGACGGAGCAGUGCAACCAGUUGGCUCGUGACUGUGUUCUACGAGCAGUCUGUCGGGCUUGCAAAGUCGAUGUGCCUGUCGCAGCAGCUCCUCGUGCACCGAAACGUCCAAAAGCAGGACAAAGAUCACCGGCUCCACCGACAGAGGUGGUCCCAGUCGCCUGCGCUUUCGACGAGCUUGACUGA